AUGGACAGCCUCCGCUCAGAUGCAACUUCAUCUGCUCCUGAAGGUUGCGUGAAUCAACUCACCAACUCGAGUCCAGAGUCAGACAACUCAAUCAAUGAUGACUUCAACCUCCUUCAGCAGUUACAGGAUUUUGACCCCAGUCAAGAAACGAUUCUUGAUACUGAGACAUCUCACAAUCUUCACAUAGCACCUUCAGACACAGCUCAAUGUGAAGAUGCGAACGAAACUCACAGUGACAGCCCGGAGCACGAGACGUCGAGCACCGAGGAUGAAGAUUCAUCAGACUCGGAGCCAGAACUAGAUGCUCCAUCAGACUCAGAGCCGGAACCGAAUGCGGACCCGUUGGACACAGACUUUGAACCAAUGGAGGAUGUAAAGGAUGAAUCGCCCAAGCCUCGCGACAAGCCCACAAGAAAGAGAGCAACAAGCACCGGGGUUGCAAAGACUGCCCAACAGAAGGUGAGGAAGAACCAGAGAAAGAUCGACGAAAUAUUCAAGAUUCACAUCAGGAGCGAGCUGAAGAGGAAACGGGGCGCUGGAUAUGGCAACGUGCACAUCGAACCGCCUAAGGCAAAGAAGAUGAGAAUGUCUUCUGCAAAGUCGGACAAAAAAUAUCAGCGAAGCAUCGAAGAGAACUUUCAUGACACCGGCAAGACAACUGCUCGCGCCACAGCCAACCGACCAAUCACCCAAAAAGAAAGAAACGAGGAGCUGAAGGACAGAAUCAGUCACGGCACGAACAACCGCCGAAGUGGAACUCAAAAGCGAGAUCUCAAAGAGGCCACGAGCAUCUUUGGCUACAGCAAAAUUGUUUGCUUCCACAACGGAGAGUACUACCUCAAGGGAAUGAGGGAGACCACCAAGCUCAGAGAGGAGCAACUUCCCGCCGUCUCAUGGAUGGUCCAGAGGGAGCACGGCAUAUCGCCUCCUUUUGGAGGAGUUCUCGGGGACGAUGUUGGUCUCGGAAAGACAAUGGUAUCCAUGGCUUGCACCGUGGGGAAUCCUGCGUCGGCUGAAGACCUUCAAACCUACUUCGGUGCCACUUUGAUCAUUGUGCCGUCAACUGACAUGGCUAAGCAAUGGCGAGCAGAGUAUCUCAAGCACGUUGAAGCCAUCAGAGACAAUGAGAUUCUCAUCUGGUCCAACGCUCAAUGGAAGGAGUCAAGCGUGAACUUUCACAACUACAAGAUUGUGAUCGCCACGAUUACUGAGAUUCGUGGAAACCUCACAGACGAAGAGCUGAAGAAGAUUGAAGCGGAACACGGCAUGGAAAGUGACGAGUAUCGAGCUGCGCUGGUCAAGUUUGCCGGCCCAGUUUACGGCAUCAAGUGGUACAGAAUCAUUCUUGAUGAGGGGCACGCUGUGAAGAACAUGAAUACCCUAUCUUUCAAAGCAUGUUACGGCCUUCAACGAAAAAGCUUUUGGGUUCUCACCGCGACUCCCCUGGUAGACAGAGAGACAGAAAUUUUUCCAUAUCUCAGGCUCGUGGGAGUCGAGGGCAUCAACACCUACCAAGACUUCAAGGACAGCUACCUUGAAUCUUAUGACUGCGAUACCAAACUGGACGCCUUGAUCCAUUUGGUGACAUACCGGAGAACGAAGAAGGAUAAGUUCCUUGGCCGGUUAAUCACGGGAGAUCUGCCUGAGUUCGAAUCCAAAGAGGUAUGGGUCACUCUCAGCAGACAUGAGCGGAUGAUCUACGACCUCAUCACAGAACACUACGAUGCUCUCGAAAAGCGGGAAGGACUCAGUCGGAUAAACUGCCAUCGCAUGAUGAUUUCUCAUGCUUGGAAUAUCGAGGGUGUCUUCAGAGAUGAUCUCAACCCUUCAUUCUUGACGAAUCUGAGAGACGGGCUUGAGGAAUUGGCGGCCGACCCCUGCGCCAUCCCCCAAGCCAGGAAGCUCCUUCACGCAGCUCCACCCAAUGACCAAGACUCGGAACUCUUCGUCACUCAAGAGCCAACAGUGGGUACUAGCUCUUCCAAGUCGCAGGAUGCAAAGACAAAGAGAAAGAAGAAGAGAUCGAAGAAGACAGAGGAGAAGAAGUCGACCAAACCAAAGGAAGACAGGAUUUUCCAUACGGAUUCGACAGACAAGACACUCGGCAUGGACAAUCUCCUGAAGUAUACCAUCAACGAGCAGAUGGUGGACGAAGGUUGCACGAAGUGCGGGAAGACGUCAAUCGACAAGCCCUGGAUCAUUUCCCAGCCAUACGACCGAAAAACAGGUGCAAGGCUGGUUGAGAAUCUGUCUACCAAGGAGACAGAGUACGCUGAGGUUGACAGGGUGAGAGCACUUAAGGAAGCACAAUCCGCACCUCCCACCGCGACUCUUACAAAGAGAACACCGAAGAAAUCGAAGAGGCAGAAACAGCUCAGUGCCAGAGAGGAGAAGAAGAUCGUCGCGGACUUCACCAAGAACAAGUACGGCGGCGAUUAUCGCGGUGUCUUCUUGGAUCUGAAGGGCAAGGAUAACGCUUUCAUCAACAUUGGAGUUCACGAGGCAGACGGUAUGAUUCCGCUCAGCUCCAAGACUGCGUGUGCCAUGGACUACGUCCUCCAAUUCCAGAGUGAAGCGCCCGAAGACAAGAUCAUAGUUUUCCACGAGUUCCUGAAGACCGCGAAGAUCCUCGGCAUCGCUUUGCGUCAGUAUGACAUCCCCUUCUACUACUUCAAUGGCGAAAUGUCCGCCAAGAGCAGAGAAGAUGCCAUUACGUCUUUCAAAAACGACCCAAGCAUCAAAGUCCUGCUCGCGUCCAAGGUCGGCAAGGAAGGCCUGAACCUGACCUGCGCCAACCGCAUCAUCAACAUCGAUAACUGGUGGAACAAGGCCGCCCAGCAACAGAUCUUCGGCCGCAUCGACCGCACGGGACAGACCAAGAAGAUGUACGCCGUCGUCAUCAGAGCCGCCGACACCAUCGACGAGCACAUCGACGACUUGCAGGAGACCAAGGCCGAGAAGGUGGCGCACAGAAUGCAAGAUGACCGACACGAGACGAAGCUCAUGUCGUACUGGGAGGUAAUGAUGCACACGGCGCCCAUGGCCUACCAGGCCAAGUGCACCCAACUGAUUAAGGAGAUUAGAGAGGAGGAUGCUGCGGAGGCUGCACAGGGGGCGAGGCUUUGGGUAAAGGUCUGA